AUGUCAGCACGAAAAAAUGUCCAAUCGGGAUUUCAACCGGAUUCCGAUGUUUAUAUUACAUAUGAAGAUCAACAAAAAAUUAAUAAAUUUGCAAGACAAAAUGCUAAGAUGGAUGAUUUAAAAGAAGAAUUGAAAAUGAAACAGAAUGUAUUAAAGAGUUUGGAAGAUGCAUGUGAUGAAUUAGUGCUUUUGGAUGAAGAUGCGAAAAUUCCAUAUUACAUUGGUGAAGUUUUUGUCUAUGAAACUAUGGAAAAGACACAGAGUUAUUUAAAUGAUCUCAAGGACAAGAAGAAAAUGGAAAUUUCAGAGUUGGAAAAUAAAUGUGCUGAUCUAAAAAGUAUUGUAACUGAUUUAAAAACACAACUGUAUGCAAAAUUUGGGAGCCGUAUAAAUUUGGAAGCAGAGGAGGAUUAA